AAGGGAAUGCAACACACACAUUCACAAAUAUGUGAGCACACACAUGCAGGGGUGUCACAUAUCUUUAUCAAAGAGGCAUUGUGAAGGAAGUCAGGUUAGGCAAGCUAAAAGAGGAGAAAGUGUAUUCCAGUUUCAGCAACUGUAAUGGAAAUGUCUACCAAGCAACUCUGCUGGCCGGUCUUCAUGUCCAGGGCUGUCCACAUUGUCCAAUAAGAUCUGGGACCCUCCCACUGGAGGAGUGCGCUCAGUCACAGCGAGCACCGGGUUUUCACUUCCAUCAGACAUUCAUUAUCACCUUCAUUAAACCACCAGUAUCAUUUGGGUUCCCAGUACCUGGACUUAAAACUUUUGAGGUUGAUGGAGCGCUGAGGUGGUUUUCUUCAUAUUGGACUGAAAUGGAUGAAGGCAGCAUCAUGAUGAGGAAGGAGUCGCAGAACGGCUCCAAGGGCCGCUGCUCGGAAUCUGAGACUAAAGAUAAGCAGCCUGUGAAAGCUACUGUGCUUCAAAAAGAUGUCGGCCUGCUAAGUGGCAUCUGUCUGAUUGUGGGGACGAUGAUCGGAUCGGGCAUUUUCAUCUCUCCUAAGGCUGUUCUGCUGUUCUCUGGAGCAGUGGGCCCCUGCCUUCUCAUUUGGGCUUUUUGUGGCGUUUUAGCCACACUCGGAGCACUGUGCUAUGCUGAGCUUGGCACCAUGAUCACCAAAUCGGGUGGGGAGUACUCGUAUCUGAUGGAGGCGUUCGGCCCCAUCGUGGCCUACCUUUAUUCCUGGACCACUAUAAUGGUGCUGAAGCCCUCCUCCUUAGCCAUCAUCACUCUGAGCUUCGCAGAAUACUCAUCCAGUCCUUUCUACCCUGGCUGUACUCCUCCCCUUGUUGUUACCAAGUGUCUGUCGGCUGCGGCCAUAAUUCUGAUCGUCAGCGUCAACUGUUUGAGUGUCAAGCUGGCGAGCUACGUGCAAAAUAUCUUCACCCUCGCCAAACUCCUCAUCAUCCUCGUCAUCAUUGUAGCUGGCAUUGUAAUGCUGGCGAAAGGAAACACUGAGAACCUGUCGAAUGCGUUUGUCGGCACAUCGUCGUCUUUUGGAGCAAUCGGACUUGCGUUUUAUAAUGUGCUCUGGGCUUAUGGUGGAUGGAAUCAACUGAAUUUCAUUACAGAAGAGCUGAAACAGCCAUCCAGGAACUUGCCACUGGCCAUCCUCAUAGCGAUCCCUUUGGUAUCUGUCUGCUACGUGUUGGUCAACGUGGCAUACUUCACUGUCAUGACCGCCUCUGAACUGCUGUUGUCUCCAGCUGUUGCUCUGACUUUUGGAGACCGAGUCCUUUACCCAGUGUCUUGGAUUGUUCCUCUCUUUGUAGUCUUCUCUACAUUCGGCUCUGCCAAUGGAAGCUGCUUCACCGCUGGCAGACUGGCCUAUGUAUCUGGGAGAGAGGGUCACAUGGUUAAAAUCUUAUCCUAUAUUAGCCUGAAGCGCUAUUCUCCAGCCCCUGCCCUCAUGUUCAAUGGUUUUUUAGCUCUUAUCUAUAUUAUCCCAGCUGACAUCAACACUCUCAUUAACUACUUCAGCUUCGCUCAAUGGGUGUUUUACGGGCUAACAGCUUUGGGUCUUAUAGUCAUGCGUUUUACCAGGAAGGAGCUCCAUCGACCAGUAAAGGUGCCGAUUGUCAUACCGGGCCUGAUAGUCCUGGUGUCCUUCUACUUGGUCCUGGCUCCCAUCAUUGAUAAGCCGGAGAUGGAAUACCUCUACUGUGCUGUCUUCAUCUUUAGUGGACUUCUCCUCUACUACCCUUUCGUCUACCGCAAGGUCAACUGGGCGUGCAAACUGAUGAGGCCCAUCACCAUGCAUCUCCAGCUGCUGAUGGAGGUAGUUCCUCCUGACAAAACCGAAUGAGAGGGGACUCAACCUUUUACUGGUCCAAAGAUCACCUGAUGUGUCGCUGCUAGGUCUUAGGUAUGCAGGCAUCGGCACUUGCAACAAGGGGAAGGGCGAAACAUCUUAAAUGUAUUGCAAAGAUCACUCAGUAGAUCACGCAACAACAUUUAUGCUGCUCCUGUGAUUGUAAACUGAAACGUCAAAGUUUCUUUCAGGAUGUUUGUGCGUUAUGAAAUGAUGCUUUCACACAUACUGAAGCAAAGCUGCAUUGUGGAAGCUAUGGUGUUUAUUAAAUAUAUACAUCUUAUUGA